AUGGCACCAAAAUCGACCACCGAAUCAAAGAAAGGAGUCAAAGGUUCCAAACGAUCGAACAGAAUCGCAGGCAUAUUCACCAGAGCAGACAAAGAAGGAGAAGCAAAGAAAAUCGAUAUCUCUGAUUCGGGUUCAGAGCAAGAGUCUUCUGCAGGUUUUCUGUCUGAGCAUGAAGUUAUGGAAGAAUAUGAGAAGGGUAUAAGGCUUGGAAGAACGCCUGUUGCUGAGAAAGGGAUAGUUCUGAAAGAAUCCUCUAAUGUACAGGAAACCCCAGUGACUGUCAAGAAAGGAGUUUCUCGAAAAGGAAAAGAGAAAAGACUGCAAGAAGAAGAGGACCACUUGAUGAAUUCACUUAGUGACAUCAUCAACAAGGUUGUCAUGGAAAAUCAGCAAAAUAAAAUGGCCACUGCUGAGAAAGAUGCUGAGAAAGAACUCUCUAGAAGACAGGGGGAGUUUGAACAUGAAGCAAAAAUGCAUGAGGAGUUUCAACAAGCAAAUGUUGAAUAUGAUAAUAUGCAGGAAGAGUUUGAAGAAGAAAAUCCUCAAAAUGAUAACAUGCAGGAGGAGUUUGAAGAAAACACUGCUCCAGAUGUUGAGAACAAUGACCAUGAUUAG